AUGAACAUUUGGGAAGUGAUCCUGGCUUUCUUGGUUGUGGUCCUGAUCCUCGUGUCAUUGCUGUCCAACGUGCUGGUGCUGAUCUGCUUCUUGUACAGCGCCGACAUCCGCAAGCAGGUCCCGGGAUUGUUUAUCCUCAACCUGACCUUCUCCAACUUGUUGAUGACUGUCUUGAACAUGCCCCUGACCCUGGCUGGGAUCAUUUACAAGAAUCAACCGGGGGGAGAUCAGUUUUGCCACAUGGUGGGAUUCCUGGAGACUUUCUUGACCACGAACUCCAUGCUGAGCAUGGCAGCGCUGAGCAUAGACAGAUGGAUAGCUGUGGUCUUCCCUCUCAGUUAUCAUUCCAAAAUGCGUUACAAAGAUGCUGCUCUGAUACUCAGCUACACGUGGCUACACUCUGUGUCCUUCCCUAUAGUGGCAGCUUCUCUCUCCUGGGUGGGUUUCCAUCACCUUUAUGCCUCCUGCACCCUGUACAACAACAGAUCAGAGGAGAGGACACAGUUUGUGAUUUUCACUGGGGUCUUUCACAUCCUCAGCUUCCUCCUCUCCCUCGUAGUGUUGUGUUUCACCUAUCUAAAAGUGCUGAAGGUGGCACGGUUUCACUGUAAACGGAUUGACGUGAUUACUAUGCAGACACUGGUGCUGCUGGUGGACAUCCAUCCCAGUGUACGAGAGCGUUGUCUAGAAGAACAAAAGAGACGGCGGCAACGAGCAACAAAGAAAAUCAGUACCUUUAUUGGUACUUUUAUACUUUGUUUUGCACCUUAUGUAAUUACAAGACUGGUAGAAUUAUCAUCUGUAGUCCCCAUCAAUUCUCACUGGGGAGUCAUUUCCAAGUGCUUGGCUUACAGCAAAGCUGUUUCAGACCCUUUUGUGUACUCUUUAUUACGACAUCAGUACAAGAAGACGUGGAAGGACAUAAUAAACAAGAUUCUUAAAAGAAGCUCCAUAAAUUCCUCAGCCCUCACAAGCGAAUCGCACAAUCAGAAUAUAUUGCAAACAACUGAAUGA